AUGACUGGAAUGGAUACAGAAGUCGACUAUGGAGAUGCGGACAAGUACGUCAAUGACGAAUCGAUUGAAAUGGCUUGGGCAAUCAAAGCGGGUGAACGAUCUGAAAUUCACAUGAAUCUGAUAAUGAGAUGUGAUACACGAGUACUCCGCUUGAACAAACAUCAAGACAUAAUUCUCCCGGCAUUCCGUAAAUCGUUCCCAGAUUUGGAUGUUGAAGAAGUCACGGCGAGUUUGUUGAAGGAUGGUGGAGCGAAGGAGACGUGGCGAGAAUAUUGUGAACAGUUCAAGGAUAUCGUCGAAGACUAUUCAAUGGGAACGCUUAUGAGAUGUCACGCAGCCAAACCGUACAGUCCGGAUAAUACUGUGGUUGUUCCAAGAAUCAUCUUCCUGGCAGUCGAAAUGGCAAGAAACGUUGAAGGUGUGAACGAAAGGAACAAGGCCGCCUAUACAGAAGCCUACAAAACAGCCGCUGCUUCUCAACAAUGA